GUUUAUGUUAGUGCGGACUUGCCACUGGAGCUCAGCAGCAGUUAGCGCAGUGUUCACAUUGUACUGUGUUGUGUACGGUCUUGGACAGUGUGUGUACGUGUGUUGUUAGAGCCGAGUAGUCAGUGACAGCGGCUGUUUCUCCAUUUGUGUCGUCACAGUAUUUAGGAGGUGUCCAAUUCACCUCAAGUGGUCCUGGAAUUAGAAGCUUGAGAAGUGGAGUCACGGGUGCUUGGACUAUCAUUGGAUGCUGUAGAGCUCAGUUCUCUGUACCAUGGAUUAAAACAUCUCAUGUAAAAUCAGCAGCUCAUACUAGCUCAGACAGUGUCCCACUGAUGAUGAGGUGGAUGGAACUGAGCACUGAAGAUCAGCAGCAACAGAGGUUCAGCUCAUGACUAAAGACCAUGAAGCAGCCAGUGAAGUGACUGCUGUGGGCAGGAUAGGUCUUAGGAGGUGUGCUGCUGCUGCUGCUGCCGACACUGCCGUCACCACUGCUGCUGCUGACACACCAUGGCAUCCAAAGAAAGACUGUAUGAGGUCUGGAUGCUGUACUACAAUAAGAGAGAUCCAGACUACUUGAAGCUAUGGUUGGAGAUUUUCAUCAGCCCCUAUGAGCGAUGUCUGGAUGUGGACUUUGAAAAACCUCCUUCCAGACCAGAGGAGCUCCCCCCGGUGUUAACCCUCCUUCCUGACAACAUCCUUCAGGUUCUGAGGCACCAGCUACUGCAGUGUGUCCAGAAGGCAUCUGACGGCCUGGAGCCGGAGCAGCAGAACCUGGCUCUGCUGCUGCUGAAGUUCCUGAUUAUCAUCUGCAGGAACCUUGCCAACGUAGAGGAGAUUGGUACAUGCUCCUACAUCAACCAUAUCAUCACCAUGACCACACUCUACAUUCAGCAGCUGAAGGUCAAAACCAAAGAAAAAGAGCUAGUGGAUCAGAGUCAGGCGGAAGAGUUUGUACGUCACGCUCUGGCUUUCUGUGAAAGCCUCUAUGAUCCCUACAGAAACUGGAGACAUGGAAUCUGCAGGGAGGAGCUGGGAACAGUGGAGAAGAGCAGACAGAAAUUCAAAGCUGCUCCGCUCACUGUGGAGUUUGUUCCCUUCUUUUACCAGUGCUUCCAGGAGAGUGAACACCUGAAGGAAAGUUUAAAAUGCUGCUUACUACACCUGUUUGGAGCCAUUGUAGCAGGUGAUCAGAAAAACGCUGUUCUGGCCAUCUCUCCAGCCACCAUGGAGGUUCUGAUACGGCUGCUAACUGACAGCUCCUUGGGCAGCAGCUCUUCUGAAGAGGGUGAGGACUGGGACAGUGAGUCCCCCGACCGCAAGGCCCUGCUGACCCUAGGUUGCCUGAGGGAGGUGGUGCAGCGCCUCCUGGUGUCCAGCUCUGACCAGCGGCAGGUUGAAAUUGCCUCGGUUCUGGAAAACUACUUCAAGCUGCUUAACUCAGACCCAGCAGCUGCAGUAGCUGCACGACAGCAGCAGCAACAGGCCAAGGGCCGAGUGCCAACACUGGGCCGACACUGGGAGAGUCGGUUUGUGGCCCUGCAAGUUCACAUGCUAGACACAAUCAGGGAGAUGUUCCUGUGUUCAGACAGACCUGUUCUUCAAGCCAUUUUUCUCAACAGUAACUGCUUUGAGCAUCUCACACGGUUGCUGCAGAACAGCAAGGUGUUUCAGGGUCGACUGGACUCUCUGGCUGUAGCUACCAUUAAAGCCCUGACUGUGGUGAUGCACAAAUCACCAGCUGCAAAGGAGGUGUUCAAGGAGCGAAUAGGCUACAAUCAUCUGUAUGAGGUGCUGGUCUCUCUGGGCCAACCAUCCAAGCAUCUUCUGAAAGAACUGAUGAACAUGGCGGUGGAAGGAGAGCACACUUCAGUGGGACUCUUGGGCAUUAGUAACGUGGAGCCCUUGCUGCUGCUGGUCCAGUGGCUCCCGGAGCUGGACUCCUCGGAACUCCAGCUUUUUACGGCCGAUUGGCUCCGUCGCCUUAGUUGCCUUAAUCGCCAAACCCGCACCAUCUGUGUAAACGCCACCAUGGUCAUGAGAGCUCUGGCUGCCCUGGAACACCACGAACGAUUGCAUCGAGCUUGUGCUGAGAGCCUCCUUGGGCUGGUGGGAUCACUGGGCUCUCAGUCCUUGAGUGCCAGAGAACUUUUAAGGCUCUUGCGUCUCCUCAGACCUCCAGAGCCCAAUCAAGCUCACCCUUACGUUGGUCCUGCCCUCAGAGCACUCUUAACAAUGGUACGAAAACAGGGUCUGGAGAGUGCCAUGCAGUACUUUGACUUGUCGCCCGGCAUGGCUGGAAUUGUUGUGCCAACAGUUCAACGCUGGCCAGGUUCUGCAUUCAGCUUUCUUGCAUGGGUUUCUGUGGACCAGGAUCAGUUAGGUCCACCAAGUAAAGACAAGCGGAAGCAGCUGUACAGCUUUUUUACCCCUGGAGGGACAGGGUUCGAGGCCUUCAUCAGUUCAGCUGGUGUCCUUGUGGUAGCAGUGUGCACUAAGAAGGAAUACGUUACCGUUCUGCUGCCGGACUACUGCUUCUGUGACUCACUGUGGCACAGUAUCAGUGUCGUGCAUGUACCAGGGAAAAGACCAUUUGGACAGAGUCUGGUCUACAUUUAUGUUGAUGGACAGCAGAAACUGUCUGCACCAUUAAAGUAUCCCAUAAUGACAGAGCCAUUCACUUCCUGCUGCAUCGGCUCAGCUGGUCAGCGGACCACGACGCCCCCUCCCUCACAGAUUCCCGACCCUCCUUUUUCAUCUGUCACCACACCCACCACUCGCUCCUCUCUGGGUGGAAUCCUGUCACCACAGACAUGGGGUGGGUUGCUGGGGGGUAAACCAGAGUCUGUGACCAAAGUGAUCUCUGCAGGGACUCAGGACAGCGAGUGGGGCACCCCCACUUCUCUGCAGGGGCAACUGGGAAGUGUGAUGGUGUUCCAUGAACCACUGCAGGCCAAUCAAAUCAAAGCCAUCUGCAGUUCUGGUCCAAACUGCAUCUCUCCACUCAAAGCCCAGGAGUCAGAACUUGGUGAUCUUUCAUCUAAACUGCUGCUACACUACUCACCAAAGGCCUGCAGGAAUCCCAUUUGUCUUGAUCUGUCUCCUAACAAGCUACAUGGUCGUCUGACCGGAAACAAAGUCGUCAACUGGGACAUCAAGGACAUGAUCAACUGUGUUGGAGGUAUCUCCAUUCUCUUCCCCAUCUUGGAGCAGUUGUCUCAGGUGGCCCCUGAUCAGCAGGACAGUGACUCUAUUGCUGGCUCAGAAUUUAUCAGCCCCGAUGUAUCCACACCUGGAGAAGGAGACUGGGUCAUACUCCCGUCCAACAGAGCCUCAGAGGCUCGUCUAGAGAAGAACCUGGUAGCCACUUUCCUGUUGGUGCUAAAGCACUUCCUGCAGAGACACCCCAUCAACCAGGAGAACUUCUUUCACUCACACAGUGUCACUACACUGGGAGCACUGCUGCAGAAGUUUGCAUCAGGCCAUGUGGAUGUCAGCGUUUUGGUAGCCUCUCAGCUACUGAUCGAGCAGGUGACCCACGAGAAGAACCAGCUUCUGCUACAGCAGCUCCACACACAUCUGCUCUUUAACUUUAACAUCUGGAACAAAGGAGAUUUCCCACUGCGCAUCGGUCAUAUUCAGUACAUGUCCACCGUCAUCAAGGACAACCGUAAACAGUUUAGGAAGAAACAUGGCGUCCAGUUUCUUUUGGACACCAUACGACUAUAUUAUGGGAAGAACAGCAACAAAGAGAGUGACCUGAGUGAGGAUGACAUCCGCACCAUCCGGGCAUCACUCUGCGGUCUCAUCAAAUACUACAUCAGCAAGGGCAUGUCCCAGGAAGAGAUGCACAGCAUUCUGGGAUACAUGGCAGCCAUUGGGGACGAGGACCAGCUGUGUGGAACGCUUGAGUUGUUGCUCAGCCUCUUCCAGAGCUGUCCGGCCCGGGAUCAGCUCUUCCUGCUGCUCAAACACUCUGAUCGUCUCAGAGAACUUAUCUUCAAGCUUUUUGAGCGCAUGUUGCGCUGUGACCGUGUCUAUGAGAAGCACAAGCAACGUCUGAGGCUGAGGGAAGCAGGAUACGCUGGUCUGUCGCUCCUUUUCUCUGAGCUUCAGAUCACACCAACACUGGUCCGAUGUCUUCUCAACCAGGUCCUUCACACAGAUAACGUGGUGAAUUACAAAGACCUCAUGUCUUUGGUGCAGCUCACACACCGAGCUGGUCCUGCUGUACGAAUUAUCGUCUGCAAAAGGGUUUACCAGCUGCUUCAGUCACAGCAGGACGCUGCUGUCCAGAUCUCGAAGCAGCAGUGUUGGCAAGACACACUGAUGAGACUAUACCUGAGAGGUGAGGGGUCACCUCCACUGAGAAGCUCUGACACCAUCAGCAACUGCAGUAUUGACCUAAACCGACCAUCUGCCAACAACCGUCUAGAGCUGCCCUUGGAGAGACGGACAAGGAUGGGCAGCUCUGGCCGUCUAGAUCGUCUAGAGGACGACCGCAUUAGUGUGGGUGACACUCGGUCAGUUGACAGCCUGGACAACGGAGAUAUCAUCUCUCUGCUGGACACACCGUCAUCUUCUGCUUCUGUGGAGCCAUCAAACUGCACUAAACCUUGGGUGGUGGGUAAGUCCGGUGGUCUGACACUGGACUUAUCCCACCUGCAAGGGUACGAGGGCGCUGACAGUGGCAGUCAGACACCCGGGAGCAUGCCCAGCACGCCGUCACCAGUGGACGCACCAAAAGCAUUUCCUGGCAUGUCUGGAGAUAAGGACACAGCAGCUGAAGACGGAUUCAUCUUCAGCGACAACAUCUCACUGGGGGAGUCCUUUAACAGUGCAGAGCGGACUGAGGAGGAGCUAUGCAGCAUGCUGCUGGAGAUCCUGCUGUGUGUGAUGUGGCGAGGUGUGGAGGGGUCUGAUGAUACAGCAUGGCUGGAGCGGGGCCAGGUUUUUUCAGCACUCACCAAACUGGGCACUGCCAAUGAGCUGCUGAUCCCCAUGGACCAGAUCAAACUCAGCCUAAUGGAGCGUAUGCUGGAGAGUGCUGUAAGCGACAACCGUGAGGCAUCUGCUGCCACACUGCCUCAACACACAGAGAACGCUGUGAGGCUUCUGCACAUGGUGCAGGACUUCCUCCAAGCAGAGGGCUUGGUCAGUCCAGCACUAUGGACAGAGAAGGUUCUGGAAGAGACGGUAACGCUGAUGGACAGUCUGAUGGUGUGGUACUCUGCAGGGACCCAAUGGUUCCAGCUUUCGCAGGUGGGACUUAGGCUGCUGCUGGGCUUCAUGGCUCAAGAGGACACACAGGUUUGUGCCAUGGCCACUGCCAAACUGAACGGCAUCCUUCAGACGAAGGAGGUGUCAAGUCAGGACGAGGCUUGUUACCUGCUGGGAAAAGUAGAAGGAAUUCUGCGACGCUCCAUCCAGGAUCAAACAGAGGACACCUACUCCUUCUUGGUUCCUCUGAUGAGAACACUUCUCUCCAAAGUUCACCGCCUCCUCUACAUGGAGCUGCACCUCCCACAGCUACCUGACACCAAUGGCAGCCCCUCCUUUUUUGAGGACUUCCGGCAGUACUGCGAGUCUCCAGAGUGGCGUGUUUACCUCGACAAAUAUAUAAUACCAUACAUGAAGCAGUAUGAGAUAGAAACCUUCAGUCAGGGCCAUGAAACCAUGGCUCUCUACUGGAAGGAAUGUUAUGAAGCCUUCAUGGUCAGUCUGCAUAAGAGGGAGAGGGAGAGAGGAGAGAGUAAAAUACGCUUCCAGGAGCAGUUUGUGGAGCCCUUCUCACGUCGCAGCCGUCAGGAGAACCUUCGCUACAACAGCAUGCUGAAGCAGCAUCACAGCCUGAACAGCGCCAUCCUCAGGCAGUGGAAGGCCGCAAGGCGGGGCUUGGUGUGUGAGAGAGGACCAUGGUCUGAGAGGCAGCAGGAUGAGAUGCACUGGAGAGUUUCCAGUGCUGAAAACUUCUCCAGGAUGAGGUUAAAGCUGGUCCGUAACUAUAACUUUGACCCUCACAGAGAAGCCAGUGCCCUCAGAGACAACCUGGGAGUCCAACAGCAACGUGUCCACUCUGAGUCUCUGCUGCUGGAGGCAGUGAAGCAGGUAAAAGUGAGUGACCUGGAGGAUGACAUUCUGGAACUGCCAGAGGAUGAAGCAGCGGCGGCCAACUCUCAAACUGAAGCAGAAGAUGCUGGUCAGAAGGAGAAGCUGGUUCUCUGGGAGGACUGUGAGCUGGUGACAGUGGUGGACGUGGUGCCUGGACGUCUAGAACUCACCACGCAGCACAUCUAUUUCUAUGACAGCAGCCAAGAGAAGGAAGAAGGUGUGGGCCACGACUUUAAAUGGCCCCUGUCUCAGAUCAGAGAGGUUCACCUGCGUCGAUACAACCUCAGGCGCUCUGCUCUGGAGAUUUUUCUUAUUGACCAAACAAAUUAUUUUCUCAACUUCAAGAAAGAGGCAAGGAACAAGGUGUACAGCCGCAUGUUGCUGCUGCGAUCCCUCAGUCUGUAUGGGACGCGAUCACCACAGGAGCUUCUCAAAGCCUCGGGUCUUACUCAGAAAUGGGUCAACAGGGAAAUUACCAACUUUGAUUACUUGAUGCAGCUGAACACAAUCGCAGGCAGAACAUACAACGACCUCUCUCAGUACCCUGUGUUUCCCUGGAUAUUAUCUGACUACACGUCCGAGGAGCUAGACCUGUCUGAUCCCCGAAUUUUUAGGGACUUGUCAAAGCCAGUGGCUGUUCUCAAUGAACGGAACGCCAAGGCUGUCAGAGAAAAGUAUGAAAGCUUUGAGGAUCCCACAGGAACCAUUGACCGGUUCCACUACGGAACACACUAUUCCAACGCUGCAGGAGUGAUGCACUACCUAGUCAGAAUGGAGCCGUUCACCUCCAUGCACAUUCAGCUGCAGAGUGGACGGUUUGACUGUGCUGAUCGUCAAUUCCACUCCAUACCAGGGACAUGGCAGACACUCAUGGACAAUCCCAAUGAUGUCAAGGAGCUCAUACCAGAGUUCUUCUAUUUUCCAGAAUUUCUUGAAAACCAAAACGGUUUCGAUCUUGGUCGUCUGCAAAUCUCCAAAGAACGUGUGGAAGACGUGGUCCUGCCUAGAUGGGCCAAAUCUCCUGAGGACUUCAUCUACAAGCACCGAAAAGCCCUGGAAUCAGAGUACGUGUCUGCACACCUUCAUGAGUGGAUCGACCUGAUCUUUGGAUACAAGCAGCGAGGUCCUGCAGCCGUGGAGGCUCUCAAUGUCUUCUACUACUGCACAUAUGAGGGAGCGGUAGACCUCGAUUCCAUCACUGAUGAGAAGGAACGUAAAGCUCUGGAAGGAAUGAUCAGCAACUUUGGACAAACUCCCUGUCAGCUACUCAAGGAGCCUCAUCCGGUGCGUCUGUCCCAGGAGGAAGUGGAGAAGCGGAGGUCUCAGCUGGACUCUUGUCCUCUCAAUGUAUUUGAACACCUCACCAACCUCAAGUCCUUCUUUGUUGAGGGCAUCAGUGACAACGUGCCACUGGUCAAAGCUGUGGUGCCAAAGAAUCAGUCACAUUCCUUCAUCACUCAGGGGAGUCCUGACACCAUGGUGACCGUGAGCCAGAACUGCCUAGUUGGGACCCAUGGGUGGCUGCCUUACAACAAGAACAUUUCCAAUUACUUCACUUUUAUCAAAGACCCCACUGUGGCCAACGCCAAAACCCAGCGUUUUCUGUCUGGACCCAUUGCUCCAGGGGUGGAGGUGAGCACAGGCCUGUUUGUGGUCUCUCAUGACGGAAAGCUGCUAUUUAGUGGAGGACACUGGGACAACAGUCUGAGGGUCACUUCUCUGGUCAAAGGGAGGACUGUGGGACAGCACAUUAGACACAUGGACAUCAUCACCUGUUUAUCUAUGGACCACUGUGGCAUCCACCUGAUCUCCGGCUCCAGAGACACCACCUGUAUGGUGUGGCAGGUCAUACAGCAGGGUGGAGCUCCUGUGGGUCUGUCUCCUAAACCAGUGCAGGUUUUGUACGGACACACGGACGAGGUUGUGAGCGUCAGCAUCAGCACAGAGCUGGACAUGGCUGUUUCUGGAUCACGGGACGGGACUGUGAUCAUCCACACAGUACGUCGGGGUCAGUACAUGCGCUGCCUGCGGCCUCCCUGCGACAGCUCCCUACCACUGUCCAUCCUCCACUUGGCUGUGUCAUGGGAGGGACACCUGCUGGUCCACACCUGCCUUGAGGGCAAGGCCACGCUGAAGGAUAAAAAUGCUCUGCAUCUCUACUCUGUGAAUGGAAAGCACUUGUGCAGUGAGCCUGUGAAGGAGCAGGUGACAGACAUGUGUGUCUCCGGGGAGUAUGUCAUCACCGGCAGUGAGCAGGGAUUCCUUACCAUCAGGGAUCUGUACAGUCUUUCACUUAGCACUGACCCGAUCCCCAUGCGGGUGCCAGUGCGCUGUGUUUCAGUCACCAAAGAGCAGAGCCACAUCCUGGUGGGCCUUCAGGACGGGAAGCUGAUCAUUGUUGGUGUGGGGAAGCCUGCUGAGAUGCGUUCCGGUCAGGUUCCAGCAGAAGAAUGACUCAGAUCUCUUCAGGAGAGACUGUCUACAAUACCCAGCACCACCUUCAUCAGCACCACUGACCGAUCCCCGCCCUGCUUCCUGACUCCUCCACCCUGACUCCUCCUCCUAUUUCACAUGGUCACCCAGUCAGCCUUCACACACAUGUCCUCAUUCUUUGUUUUCUUCACUCUUAAAUGUUUUGUACCUCCUGACCAUGGUCAUCAGGUUUUUUUGAGGUGUGUGCGUGUGUGUGUGUGUGUGUGUGCGUGUGUGUGUGUGUGUGUUGGUGUUCAUGUGGCUUGACUGAGUGAUGCUGGCGUCUCCGGUCUGACCCUAGGCAGCAUCACACUCAAUGCUUCAUUAUCUCUUCCUAAAAAACACUGGUGUUAGGUGUUCUGAAACUUUUUCAUUUCCAUUACUUGUAAUGUGAGUGUGUGUGUGAGUCAGUGUGUGUGUCUUGUGAAUGUCAGCAUGUUGUGUGUGGACUGUCGUCUCCUGACUUUACCAUCAGUCAAUAUUUUUACAAAACGUCAGAACAACAGAACCUGGCAGUGAAACAACUCCCCCUGCCUUUUCUGUAUCUGUCUGUUCCUCGUUGUCUUUUUUGUCGAUACUUUCCUUUUUUGAAUAAUGUAUGCAAUUUGUUCUAUUAUUGGUCAGUUCUGAGAUCUAAUACAGCAAGACGUGUAGAUAAAAAUGAACCAUGUUAGGUUUGGCCAAAGAAAUUUUUUUUCAGUUUCAUCUCUUUUGCAUUAUAACUAGAAGGAGUCACUGUCAGCUGUCAGUUAGGACUCCAGCCUUUUUCAAAGGACAACCUUAGGAUUUAACUGAUGAAGUGUUUGAGAAAUUAGCUGUUAAUGUGCUGCUAAAUCAGCUAGCAUGCAGAUCACGUUAGCAUAAAGCCAUUCAAAAUCAAGGAUAAAGAAGGACAGUAAAUAUGCUUUUCACUAAAUUUAUAAUUUCCUUAACCCUGAUAAAUGCAUUUUGUGAAAAAAAUGCAUCGACUCCUGCAGCGAGCCUCCAGGGUUUGUGUAUCAUGUUGUCCAUCUUUAUUCUACAACACCUUAAAACACUACAAUCUUCCAUCUAAGGAUCAGUGCUAGUGCUAGAGGUUUGAUUUCUUCUUUAUGUAUUUUGUGUGACUUAAAUGAUUUUUUUUUUUUGGUGAGCUUUUACACAAACCAUAGCAGUUUAAAAUCUUAUGACUGUUCAUUGGGGAAAAAGACAAAGGAAAAAUACAUUUAAGGGCUUGUUUAAAAGUCAGUGAGUGUUAAAGCAAUAGAGCUCGUCCGCCUGUCGCUGCUUUCAGAUGUACAACAGUCAUUCAAGUCUUCCUGUAGAAUUAUCCAGAUUAGUAAACUUGACGUUGUCCGUCCUCUUUCCAAGCUCAACCGCCUCUAGUGCUUAAACUAUCAACUUCCAGUAUUCUACAUCUCGUUGUCACUGCAAAUAAUGUCAGAAGAAUCGGUCAAAGCAUUUGCGUUGCCUUGAGAAUCUGCACAAGUUCAUCUUCAUGUCUUUGUUGAAUUAUAAUUGGAAAUUUCAACCAAAAUAAAACAAAAAAAUCAAACGCUAAAAAAAAACCUCCCUUUUCAACAAUACAUUAACUUUCACACUAAUGUGAUGGUUCUGUUGUUUCACUAAUUUGACUGAAUUUAACUUGACAGAAAAUCCGCUGAUCCCAAGAAAUGUUUAAUAAAUAUUCCAAUACAGUUGCAAGGGACACAAAUAAUUGAUAUGCUCAAACUAUACACUUUAUACAAAAGACUACCUGGGCAUACAUACCAAAAUGUACUCUAGUUUUUCAGUUUUUAAAUUUGAACAUUUGAAUCAAGAAAUAGUAUAUUCACAUUUAGACUGUGGAAGAUUUUUGUCAAAUGUAGUUUUGUCAAAGGAGACUUUGUGCCAGUUGUAACACUAAAGAUCCAGUUAUGUGAGCCAUUCAAGUAACAUGACACUAAAAACACUUGGAAUCAUUUUUUCAGGCAAACAUAAGAUAAAAUGGACCAGUUUUGCCUAGUAAGAUAAACAGUUCCUGGAACCGUCUCCAGUUCCUCAUACCUGUUCUUGAAGUGGAAUCUCACCUAAAUCUUGAUUGAGACAUUUUUCUUUUUCCUAUCCACAGUUCUUGGUACAUGUUGUUAGCAUGAAACUUCACUGUGCGUCAAUGUUGAUACAAACUCUAAAAAUCUUAGAAGUGCUGCUUCUUCGUUCACUCGUGUUUAGCUUCUUUUACACGUCAUAGGGAGACAGAAAAACACUGACCAAUCUUUGUCCUUCCUCUAGGAUUUCUGAAAGGUGCAUUAGAGUGUUUCUCCUUCCAGACAAACGACCACUGUUUGAGUUUGUUCGUCAAACAGAGUGCCUUUAUCUGAGUGUGAUUUGUUUUUUCUCUCAUUACUGAAGAUUAAAUGUGUGUGAAUGGAGUGAGGCAGCAUUCCACAAUUUAAAUCCACUGUUUAUUUUUCCAAGAAGGAACCAUGAAAGUACAUGAAUCCUUUUUUCUUUUUUGUCUUAGCUGUUUUUUCUUUUUUUUUCUGUCACUAUCACCAAAUGGAUGUGUGUAUAUCUUUGAUUAUUUAUGAAUAUAUAAAUAUCUAUAUAUAGAAAUGUACAGCAUGAUUUUUAUUUGGAGAAAAAGUACUUUUUUGCACUUUACAGGUACUAAAGUUGUCAGAUUGUUUUAACUUGGCUCUUGUUGUCUGUAAAAAAUAAUAAAUGCUUUGUUUUAUAAAAACACACAUUCAUGUGAAAACGAUCAAUAAAGUACAGAGGAAUUUC